AUGUGGGCGGAGUACUGCCAGGUUGCCCAGGCCAAAGCAGAAAAGGUGGCCUUACAGUGUCUUCAGUCAAACAAUUGGAAGCUUGAACAGGCAAUCGAUUUCUUUUACAAACAGAACUUAAUCGCCACUGGACCCCUUCUGAAUGAAGCUAAAAUCGAGCAACUAUUUCAGCGCUAUAAAGAUCCACAAUAUCCCGACCGCAUCUUGGCUACUGGAAUGGAACAGUUCCUUGUUUCCGAUCUUCGUCUGGAUCCAGCCAGUCUUUCUGUUUUAGUUUUAGCAUGGAAAUUCGGGGCACGAACUCAAGGCGAAUUUACUCGGGACGAAUUUUUCCGUGGUUUCAAAGAGCUUGGAUGUGACUCCAUUGAGAUGUUACGUGCCAAAAUUCCCAAUCUGAUGACUGAGAUCGAGGAACGGGAGCAGUUCAAGUCGCUGUACACAUUUACUUUCGGCUUUGCCAAUGUGGAGAAACACGAGAGUAAAUCACUGGUUUCGUUCAAUCUACCUUUGCUGAUUCUCACCCUACAACAGUUUGACGCAGCUAUUCCGGGAAGCUAUAAGCUAUGGAAAGCUUUGUGA